AUGCACUUUAACGUAAUCACUCGUUUUCCCGCGCCAUCGCAUCAAACUGGCAUGCCAUCUUGCCUUCCGCUAGACCUGGCCAAGUCGAAAGGCCUCAAGCACCUGUUUGCGCCGGACAAGGCCAACGCGGACGCGGACGCGAACGACGACGACGAGGCAGUCACCUCGGCCAAGAAGAGCCGCUCCUCGCGCCAGGUGCUGCGCGACGUCCUCGACGGUGUCGUCGACCCCGACAUCCUCGACUCGUGCGUCGAGGACCUCGAGCUGAUCACGGCGCACUCGGGGAACCGGCUCUGCGAGCUGAUGCAGGCCACGCAGCAGGCGCGCGACGCCAGGGACGCGGCUCUCGAGGCAGCGGCGGGCGGUACCGGCGUCGUCGUUGAUGGAGGCAAUGACACCACUGCGUCCGAAGACACGAAACACUUCGCUGACACUCCUUCGCCCUCCAAACCAAUGAUAUGUCCAACCGACGAGUCCCUUAAACUGCCUCACUUUCUGUCUCCGAUCAAGCCCGCACCACCCACCAGCAGCGUGAACAAUGGCUCCGACGACCAGAAGGACGUCAAAGUGAGCUACGCCAUUGAUCUGACGGACAUUGAUGAAGAGGAACUAGAUAGGUCCACCGACCCUUUAGAUGUCGUUCCACAGGAAGACGAGGACGUUCCUGAAAUGCGGGCCCUUGUUUCCCGUGAACGAAUUGAAGGCACCACCAACGUUGAAAUGUGUAUUGAAAUGUUCACGAUUCUAUCAUCAAAUCCCUGCAUGUGCCACACUCGUGGACCCUGGUUGUUUGUCAUCCGUGGCGGGGUUCCGAAUUCGCUGCGAAGUCGACUUUCCACGGCGGUGCACGAGUACUUCCUAAACCCCCAGGAGGUCAUGGUGAAAGCCACUUUGUGGAUCAGCGAGAAUGCUUCCUUCCUCGAGGAACAACGACGCAAGAGAGCCGAAAAACAACGGCUCAAAGAGGAAUUGGCCAAACAGCCGCGUCGGCCACGUCGGGUUGCACGAAAGAUCUACCAGCGGCAGCGUCGGAUGCCGUGGCACGCCCCUGACAAGCGAGACCCCGCUGGUGCCUUCAGUGACGACGACGAGGCAACCCAGCUGAAGCCGCUGUCGAAGAAAAUCAAUUACGCGGCUCUUGAAACCAUAGUUGGCGAGGGCGCCCGCUCCGAAAAGUCGACGCCUGUGCCCGAGGCAGAGGGGCAUGCCUCGACGGUUGACCAGUCACGCGCCCCGCCACGGGCACCCUCCACUGAACGCGCCAAUCGGCUGUUGGAGACAACCAUUCAAGAUUCCUCAGUGCCUUCCAAUCUCUUUCCAACGUCGAAAUCGUCGCCGGCUUUGCUGCAGCAGGCUCCACAGGAGGAAGAAGACACAGAGUUCGAAGUGGAGGAGGACGAGCCCGAGGACAACGAGGACGACGAAGAGGAGGUCGAUUGGCAAGAGGGCGAGGAUCUGUGGUGA